CUUCCUGCUCACUACGGCUACAUCCCAUCUUCGAUUUCAAACGGCCGUCCUCGCCUCGCCUCCGUCCCGAUCCGGCGGGAGCCCAGCCGCGAAACCCUAGCCGCCGCCGCCGCCGGCGAAGUCCCCGAGAGGAGCCCCCGAUGUGCGGGUGCGCGGCGGCGAUCGCGCGGGCGGUGGUGGACUUCCUCGACGCCGUCCUCGUCGCCUGCUUCCGCUCCUGGUUCCGCCCCGGCCCCGUCGCGGCCCACCGGGAUCCACCCGUGCACAGGGAUCGGCUCUCGGACGAGGAGAAAGGUUUUGGAACGAGCAAAGGGUCGGACGAGCAUUUGGGAGAUGAUCGUGGCAUCGACAAGCAGCUCAGGCAAGAGGCAGAUUACCUCAAGUUAUGUGGCACAAUAUCUCAAACCCCGGCUGAACUCCAAAAUGCUUCAUCUGAUAUUAAUUUGGAAACCGCUAAUGAGGUGGGGAAAAUAUCUGGAAUAGGAGCAACAUCAGUAUCUGAAUUUAAUUCAUCUGAAUGCUUCAAAUGUGAGGAGGAUCAUACUUUGAUGACUGAAAUUGAAGUUUCACGAGUUGAAUCAGUUGAUUCGGUUCCUCAAUCAGUUCUCCGUGAGAAGUCGCCAUUUUGGAGCAUCAAAAACAGGUUUUCUGGUUCCAAUGGUUCACCCUGCCCGACACCUUUGGUUCUAAGUGACGAUAUGCAGACGCCUGGAACAAUUUAUACUUCACAUACAGGGUCUUCUAUGUCUAGAAAGCGUGUGCGCACCCGCAAACAGUUUGUCUAUCCUGUCUUGAGACCCAUAGAGAACAGGCUUCAUCUGAUGGAACCGACAGAAGAUUCUUUACCAAUGCUUCCCUCGAAUACGCCUACACAGGUAAAUUUGAGAGCAGAUUAUAUCAAGAAACCGCACAAGACCUCUUCAAAUUCAGUGGCUAAGGUGGGAUUUUCAAAAUCUCCACCAAUCUGUUUUCCCAAUGAGAAUGCUCUGUGCCAAGAAAAAGAAACACACUCUCCUGAGGAGUUGAAGUGCCAAAUCAGCAGCCCAAAGUCUAAUUCGGAUGAAAAGCAUGCUGCAUUGAGCCUGGCUCACUGGCUUAAACCUCCAUCCCCAGAAGGUGAGAAUCAAGGUGCUGUCCGUUCACCAGCUUCCGACAAAUUGCAUGAUGAGAACGCACCUAUGAUGAGUACUGUCUUUACAUCAGCUUCUGAAAUGAACACAGAUGUUGAGAAUCCAACUCCAGAAUUAUGCAAGGCAUGGGAUGGCAACUGCAUUCCAAACACAACUACUAAGUACAAGGAGGAUCAGAAGGUCAGCUGGCAUGCCACACCAUUCGAGGAAAGGUUGCUGAAGGUUCUAUCUGAUGAACCUAACCCUCCAAGGAAACUUGUCAGCGGAAAUUCAUUCCAAGUCGAGGAUGGCAACGGCAUUCCGAACACAACCACCAAAUAUAAGGAGGAUCAAAAGGUCAGCUGGCACGCCACACCAUUCGAGGAAAGGUUGUUGAGAUUUUCAUCUGAUGAACUGAACCCACCAAGAAAACUUAUCAGAGGAAACAUGUUCCAUGUCGAGGAAACUUGCUAGAGGAGAAAGCUGAAUAUAAACGUCAGAGAUCCCAAUCCAAAUGGUUAUAAAUCAAGUCGCCAACUUUUGAAGCUGCACAAAGUUGAUUUGGAUAACAAACUUGAUGCUGUAAUUUUUUGUCUUCGCCAUGUACCUAUCACUUAAACUUUUGCCUUCUCGCUGUUGCGAUGUUAUAUACAAAUGGUAGAUGCUAUAGGUGCUACCCUGAUAUAAAUAUCAACUGCUGAUAGAGUAUUAAAAUGUAAGAAACGUUACUUAGCUAGAGUACCAUUUUCCCUUUCUCCUGCAGAUACAACAUUGUUGAACCUUGUUACUGCUCAUGCUAAGCAGUGAGCUAAGUAGUGAGUGAGCUCACAUUCAUUGCAUAUAUCAAACUAAUGCACCUGAGUGUCGUUUA